CAUGCGGCAGCCUCUCUCCCCGUGUUAGCCGUUAGCCGCGCAGUGCAGACGGUUGAAGUCUUUCUCCGGACUCGGUGAGUUCAGGUCGAAUAAAACGCUCAGAGGACGAUGGCUGCCACCGGGACGCAGGGCAGGAAGAGGCUCCUGAAGGAGGAGGACAUGACCAAGGUGGAGUUCGAGACUAGCGAGGAGGUAGAUGUGACCCCUACCUUCGACACCAUGGGACUCCGAGAGGACCUGCUCCGCGGCAUCUACGCUUACGGUUUUGAGAAACCGUCUGCGAUCCAGCAGAGAGCCAUCAAACAGAUCAUCAAAGGCAGAGACGUCAUCGCACAGUCUCAGUCUGGAACAGGAAAGACGGCCACCUUCUGUGUAUCAGUGCUGCAGUGCCUGGACAUCCAGGUGAGGGAGACCCAGGCUCUGAUCCUCGCUCCCACCAGAGAGUUGGCAGGACAGAUUCAGAAGGUGCUGCUUGCUCUGGGAGACUACAUGAACGUUCAGUGUCACGCCUGCAUCGGAGGGACCAACGUGGGUGAGGACAUCAGGAAGCUGGACUACGGUCAGCACGUGGUGGCGGGGACACCUGGACGAGUGUUCGAUAUGAUUCGUCGCAGGAGUCUGAGGACAAGAGCCAUCAAGAUGCUGGUUCUGGACGAGGCUGAUGAGAUGCUCAACAAAGGUUUUAAGGAGCAGAUCUACGACGUGUACCGUUACCUGCCCCCGGCCACACAGGUGGUUCUGAUCAGCGCCACGCUGCCACACGAGAUCCUGGAGAUGACCAACAAGUUCAUGACAGACCCGAUCCGGAUCCUGGUCAAACGUGACGAGCUGACCCUGGAGGGGAUCAAGCAGUUCUUUGUGGCCGUGGAGAGAGAGGAGUGGAAGUUUGACACUCUGUGUGACCUGUACGACACUCUGACCAUCACACAGGCCGUGAUCUUCUGUAACACCAAGAGGAAGGUGGACUGGCUGACGGAGAAGAUGAGGGAGGCCAACUUCACGGUGUCGUCGAUGCACGGAGACAUGCCUCAGAAAGAGAGGGAGUCCAUCAUGAAGGAGUUCAGAUCAGGAGCCAGUCGUGUGUUGAUCUCCACUGAUGUCUGGGCUCGAGGUUUGGACGUUCCUCAAGUUUCUCUGAUCAUCAACUACGACCUGCCCAACAACAGAGAGCUCUACAUCCACAGGAUUGGUCGAUCUGGUCGUUAUGGUCGUAAAGGCGUGGCCAUUAACUUUGUGAAGAACGACGACAUCAGGAUCCUGAGAGACAUCGAGCAGUACUACUCCACCCAGAUCGACGAGAUGCCCAUGAACGUGGCCGACCUGAUCUGAUCUUACCUGGAUGACAUCACACCAGAGGCCUACCCCUCUGACCUGUUAUUUUCUGUCUUUUUUAUUUUUUUCUUAAUAGUUUUAGAGUGUUUUUCUUAAUGCGACUGUUGGGGUGAAAACGAUUGUAAUACUCCAGAUUUGUUUUUGUAAAUAAAGUUGUUUUGGUUCA